AUGGUUUCAAUGGAUGUCACGACCGAGCUUUAUAAUCUUGAUGAUCGUGGCCGUGUCAAGGACUACUUGUCUGCUGGACUUACCCAGUUGCCCACUUUAUAUUCAUGCUUUUCGAUUUUUUAUUUUGUUUUCUUCUGGUUCUGGGUUUCCUUUUGUUUAAAAAAUAGGAUGUCUGUGCAUAGAAUCCAUGCUCUUAUGGGUCUUUUGGUAAUUAUGAAGGCAUUGAAUUUGCUCUGUGCUGCUGAGGAUAAGCAUUAUGUUAAGGUUACAGGCACCCCUCAUGGAUGGGAUGUGUUGUUUUACAUUUUUCAGUUUAUUAGGGUGAUACUGUUGUUUACGGUGAUCAUUUUGAUCGGUACUGGGUGGUCGUUCUUGAAGCCCUUCUUGCAGGAGAGGGAGAAGAAAGUGUUGAUGAUCGUGAUCCCGCUACAGGUGUUGGCAAAUGUGGCUUCCAUUGUGAUUGGGGAAACUGGGCCGUUUAUUAAGGAUUGGGUGACAUGGAAUCAGCUUUUCCUGUUAGUAGAUAUUAUUUGUUGCUGUGCAAUUCUUUUCCCGACUGUGUGGUCUAUUAGAUCGUUGAGGGAGACGUCAAAGACCGACGGGAAGGCUGCUAGGAACCUGUCUAAAUUGACCCUUUUUAGGCAGUUUUAUAUUGUGGUUAUUGGGUACUUGUACUUCACGAGAAUUGUGGUGUUUGCGCUCAGGACCAUCGCUGCUUACAAAUACCAAUGGGUGUCGAAUGCAGCUGAGGAGAUUGCAAGUCUUGCAUUUUAUGCUGUAAUAUUCUACAUGUUUAGGCCAAUGGAGAAGAACGAGUAUUUUGCGCUUGAUGAAGAGGAGGAACAGGAAGCAGAGAUGGCUCUUCGAGAGGAAGAAUUUGAGCUCUGA